GCCAAUCGCGACAGCACACGAACGUAAACUUGCCACGUCCAGCUUUUCCCAGCACCGUCAUCAACUUCGUUGCUCGUGAGCCGAGCCCACCGCAGUAGUCGUCUGAGCGUUGAUUACAGGACAAAGCAACGGGUAGGCUAAGGAAAUAGACAACAAUAUGCGAGUUCUCAAGUCGUUAAGUUUGGUGCUUUUCGUCGCCGGAUUGGCCCUGGUGGCUUCCGACGUAGAAGUCAAGGAGGAGGAUGGCGUGCUGGUGCUGACGAAGGAUAACUUCCAGAAGGUGGUCGAGGAAAACGAAUUCGUGCUGGUUGAGUUCUAUGCUCCAUGGUGUGGACACUGCAAAGCACUCGCUCCCGAGUACGCCAAGGCCGCCAAGGCUCUGGCCGAGAAGAAUUCCCCCAUCAAGCUCGGUAUGGUUGAUGCCACCGAGGAGCAGGAACUGGCUGAGAAGCACGGAGUCCGUGGCUACCCGACGCUGAAAUUCUUCCGCAGUGCCACUCCCAUCGAGUACACCGGAGGCCGCGAAAAGGACACCAUCGUCUCCUGGUUGGAGAAGAAGACUGGCCCAGCCGCCAAGGAACUGGAAACUGUUGCCGAAGCCGAAGAAUUCCUCAAGGAACACAACGUUGCUGUGGUCGGUUUCUUCAAGGACCGUGAAUCGGCUGAAUGCAAGGCUUUCUUAUCCACUGCCAACGCCGUCGAUGACUAUCCAUUCGCCGUCACUUCCAGCGAGGAUGUGUACGCUAAAUACGAAGCCAAGUGCGGAUCGAUUGUCCUGUUCAAGCAUUUCGAUGACGGAAAGGCUGUCUUCGAAGGUGAAUUCACCGAAGAGGCUCUGAAGAAAUUCGUUGCUGCCCAGGCUCUGCCACUGAUUGUUGACUUCAGCCACGAAACCGCCCAGAAGAUCUUCGGAGGAGAAAUCAAGAACCAUCUGCUGUUCUUCAUCUCGAAGGAAGCUGGACACAUGGAGAAAUACAUUGAAGCCGCCAAGGAAGUUGCCAAGAAAUACCGCGAGAAAAUCCUGUUCGUGACCAUUGAUGCUGAUCAGGAAGAUCACCAACGUAUCCUGGAAUUCUUCGGAAUGAAGAAGGAAGAGGUCCCAUCGAUGCGCAUCAUCCAUUUGGAAGAAGAUAUGGCCAAGUACAAGCCAGAAACCAACGACUUGGCUGCCGAUAAGGUUGAGGCAUUCGUUUCCAAGUUCUUCGAAGGUAAGAUCAAGCAGCACCUGUUGUCUCAGGAAGUACCAGAGGAUUGGGACAAGAACCCCGUCAAGGUUUUGGUUGCCGAUAAGUUCGAUGAAGUUGUUAUGGACUCCACCAAGGAUGUUCUGGUCGAAUUCUACGCUCCAUGGUGCGGACACUGCAAACAGCUGGUCCCCAUCUACGACAAGCUGGGUGAAAAAUUCGCCGAUGACGAGUCGAUUGUGAUCGCCAAGAUGGAUGCUACUGCCAACGAGCUGGAGCACACCAAGAUCAACUCGUUCCCAACGAUCUAUCUCUUCCGAAAGGGAGACAACCAGAAGGUCGAGUACCGAGGAGAGCGCACUCUGGAAGGAUUCGUCAACUUCCUGGAGGGCAAGACCGAGGAACCCGAGGUGGAGGAAACCGAAGAGGAACAGAAGCCAGAAAAGGAUGAACUGUAAAUUGGCAGGAGUGUUUAUACAAAGAGCUAAGAGCCAAACCACAUGAAACAAACUACCAGCGACAUCGGAAAUCAAUUAUGUGGUUAACAGAAUACAUCAUUUAGUAAGAAACACAAACACUUACCAAAACAAAUACACUCUCACACAUACAAUACAAACAAAAACAAAACAACAACAAAACGCGCAGAUAACAGACAAACGCAAGCAAAACAGAGAACGUAAAUUUCCACCACCCUUAAACCGGUAUUGACAGUGUUGUAAAAUAGUCGCGAUAGAGUCCCUUUUUCCUCUCCCAGAUAGGCAAAGGCGAUAGAAGAAAAGUAGAAGUUUAUCUUUCCAUGAGACUGUUUUUAUUUAAUAGUUUUGUGCUGUCAGGAGGGAGACCGAAAAAAAAAAAACUGUAAAAGAGAAAGUAUAUGAUAAAUUUGGAUUGAUGUGAAGCGUCGAAGAAAGAGGAUGGAGUUGAAGUUAAGGUAACAGAAUGCAUUUUUCAAAUGUUAUAUUAACAUUAAACAAAAUAAAAAUAUGAAAAGAAAACAAAACCGGAAGGUAGUAUGAUUUUUUUUACUGUAACUAACAGAAGGCUUCCAUUGCGCCCACUGCAUCGUUUGUUGAUCGAUCAAGUAAGGCGAAGUGCACAUGCUGUCCUGCUACUUCGAAGUGCCCUCAAAAUGAUCAUUCCGUCUAGGGUUUCAGCACAAAAGCAGUUUAUUUUCAAUUCUACUAACAUCCCUCCAUCAUGGGAAACACAUUGAUAAGAAGCAGCACGGCCAAUGAGAGUAACUCAGUAAUUCAAAAUUUUCCUAGAUUUUCUAGAAAAUCGAGAGAUAUUUCAUUCAGUCUAUUAGUAUACUCUUAGUCUGAACAAAAAUUUCGUCGAUUUUUUCUCAUUUUGAAGCAGUUUUUCCUGGAAAAGCAAGGAAAAUUUAACUCAUUUUUGCAAUUUUGACACUUUUGAUGAGUUACUCUCAUUGGCCGUGAGGAACAGGGUUUUCUCCAAAGUUGUUGAUUGAUAGGAUUUCCUCUUUUCGGAACUAGUUUUUGAAACUAUCAGGAACUUAACUUAAAACAGCAAGACAAACGGGAACGAUAAUAAAGUGAUAGAAAAAUUCGACACUAA